AUGCCGCAGGCAUUCGCGGCUCCCACCCACACCAAUGGACUCAACGGAGGGGGGCAGCCGAGCAUGGUAACCGACUCACCGCAACAACACACCUCGACGCUUGAUCCUGCCACGGGCGAGACCGUCACUCCGCCCAAACGCAAGCCAGGCCGACCGAAAGGCAGCGGAAAGAAACAUUUCUUGACCACAGACGAGCCCAAAGUGAAGAGACCGGUGGGUCGUCCGAGGAAGGACGGGCUGCCAGCAGGCUCGCUUGGGGUCAUACGAAGGUCGAGAAGGUCGUCGGGGGACGGAACUGUCGAGCCGAUAAGUGCACCUCAGGGUUUCACUCAAUGGCGCAAUGUCAGCACCGACGCUGUCGACGACCAACAACAGUCGACUUCAAAGCGGGCGGCAACCUUUGCGGUCGAGCACACUCUUGAGGCCGACGACUGGGCAGAGUUAUCGCGAACCAAGCCGAACGCAUUUCUCCAAAACCUCCUUUCUUCUUUAUCCGCACCAAACCCAAUUUCAACGGUCGGUCCCAGCGUCGAAGAAGCCUUCAAGUCCAACCUUGUCUCUCUUUCAUCUCCUCAAGCAAAAGGCUCUCAAUCCAUCCCGUCUCUUUACUCAAUCCUCAAAACAUUUUGGCUGCCAUCGUCGCCUGCUUAUUUCUCUUUGACUGCGUCAGCAUCCACGGCACGCACUCCACCUGAGCAUCGAUUCCUAUAUUGGGACCCACAGCCCCUUGUGUUCAAUGGCAUAUCGUGUCCAAUCUGUUCAUACCCACUGCUAAACAAAGGUCGGAUCCGCUCCGGCCCGAUAAAAGUCUAUGACCUCGACAAGCCCUUUUUCAUUAUUGGCUGCGAAUACGUCUGCAAGAGCGUACCGUGUGUCGCAGCUACCAACAGUGACGGUCGUAAAUUCGCAUCGACAGAUCCUUCCAUCCUUCGAUCCCUUCCCGCGAAGCUGAAGGAUGAAUUUCCGGCGCGUCUAUUACAGGGAGAGAACGACUCCGGGAGCGGGCCACUCAUAUGGAGCUGGAAGGACAUGGGUGUUUCGACAGCGUUGUGGAAUAUGGUGAAGGGCGCUAUGAAACUAGGGUUGCCGAAGGACACUAUCAUUAGGCUUAUCCGAUCUAUUCAGGCCGGCAUAGCUGAUGAGACACCGCAGCGGGAAGAGGAAGAAGAGGAUGCUGAAGCGGAGCAUGUUGAAGAGGAGGUAGUGAAUUCUACUGACAUUAUGAUGGUAGAGCAACCACCUGAGGUCGAUAAAUCUGCUUUGGACGAGACGUAUGCAGAUGCGUGGCGGGCCAACGCAGCAAUCGUUGCUGCUACUCCCGUCAAAACCAAUGCGACUCUCGAACCGGAGCGAACUAUGAACUCGACUCCUACUCCGGCCCCCACGAUCACCACUCCAGCCCCUACACUCACUCCAGCCCCCACGCUCACUCCCGUAAACACACUCACUACACCCUCUACUACCGUAUCUCCCCCCGCUACCUCCCUCACACCAAUAACGACCAAAUCCCCUCCGCCUGUCAACGCACCAAACACCAUGCCGCCUACUCAGAUUCAGCCCUAUGGAUUUAUUCCCAACACUGGGUUCUCUUCUUUUCCCCUUGCUUACGCCCAAUACGAAUACUUCACGGCAGCAGCAGCCAACAACAUAUUGUCUCAUCCACACGCUCACUCACACUCUCCCAAUGGCGCGUCUACGCAAUCGACGAGCACCCUCCAUACGCAGUCUCAACAAUCCCAGGCUCAAGCGUCGCCGUCGCAGCCACCCCAGGCACAACCCCAGACAUCGACUACUAACCUUAUGACGAUCGGAGCGAAUCCACUGAAACGACCUUAUACCGCGUUCAUCCAGAAUCAUCAACAACCUGACGGGGUCAACGGCAAUGGUUCUGCUAGCGUUGGUCCCAGUGGCGGCACAACCACGCCGGGAUUGGAGCCAGUAUCGAAGCGAGCUCCGCGCCAUUGCUGUAAAUGUGGUUCACAGGACUGCAAAGGCAAGGGUGGGAGGAGUUUCUGCCUGAAUCCGUGCCAGGAUUGCGGGAAGCUGGACUGCAAAGGGCGAAACAGCAGACGGCCAGAUAAACGGUGCGCGGAGGCAUGGAGUUGA